CCAGAGACUUCACUAGCACUAGUGCCUGUUGGACACCCACAGUCAACUGCAUCUCAGUCACAGCAGAAUGCACUUGUUCUUUUUAUGUGUUUUCGGACAGUAACAACAAGCCCAAUACUAUCCAUACCCAGAGUGGCUAUCCAACUACACAAAGCAAUCCUUCUACUCCUCAAUUCCAACAGCAGCAGAAUCUGCAAGCUCCACAACUUGGGGUUUAUGCUAAUGGCAACAUGCCAAACAUGGGAUCAAACAAGCAUGAUCAAUCACCUUAUUCUCAAAGCUCUGUCCCUGUUUGGAAUGGCCAUAUUGCGCAGCAGCAACAGCCUCCCUCUCCUGUCUAUGGUGCUCAAACUAGUGAUUCGCUACCACCACCCCCUUGGGAAGCUCUGUCAGUGGAAAAUGGUCAGGUGAUGGGCACCCAGUACCCCCAACCAAUGCAAGGUUCGCAGGUGGUCGUCCUGCAUGCACAACCUGCACUGAGUGGAUUGCAUCUCCAGGCACCUUAUCCAAUGGGGAAUGAGCAAGCGAUGGGCAUGCACUUGCAACCAGUCGCAGGUGGCCACAUGCCAUUGCUGAAUAGCCAGGUUGUUCCGAUAAACCAAAUGGUAGGACUUACCACCUCAGCCCAUCCAAGGAGGUCCUUAUAUGGGGAUGGUUCCUCAGCCAAUGCAAGUAGGUCAGAUGGCUUAUUUAUAUCCCCAGCAAAUGUAUGGCAGCCAGGUGGCAGCCUACGGCUAUGGCCAACAAGGUGCUCAGUACCUUGA